CGAAUCGAUCUCCCUCCUACCAUGAAUGCCAAUGUUGUCAGACGGCCCUUGAUUUACGUCGCCAACAUUCCCUGGACGGUGAGUCGUCACGAGCUGAGCCUGUACUUCUCUCAAUUCGGCGCCGUGCAAGAUGCCUUUGUAGCGUUUGACAAUCUGACCGGUCUCCAUCAGGGCUACGGGCACGUGAGAUUCUUGAAAAGAGAGGAUGCGGACAACGUGUUCGGUCGUAAGCAUUCUUUGGAAGGGAAUGAUUUAGUCUUGUCCAGGGAUUAGAAUACAAUCGAUAAAAGAACAAUAACGUUUAAUCUCGAAGACAUA